UUGGUGAAAAAAUAUAGUAAAUUUAGCUUGUUGUGUGUGUGCACGUUAAAAGGUUAUGCAUGGUGUGGUGUUUUAAAACAUGGAGAAAUCCGAAGAAGAGCGUCGUGCGCUUAUAGCGCGCCGGGGCGCUAAAAAAGCAGCGCUAACGAGGAUUAAAAACAAAAUGGACUCGACCUACGUCAAUGACAUCGAGAUGUUGAAAUUGAUGAUAGAGAGGGCCCAGGAGGCAUUCGAUGGCUAUGAGCAGCUCACACUGGAUGUAGGAGACCAGGAGGAUCCCGAGCCCAUCGAAACCACAUACUUCGAGUGUGUCGCCGCGAUGCGAAAUCGCAUCGUAGAGUUGUCUGGACCUGGACCCACCUCUUCAGACGCUAGAUCGGUAGCGCCAGCGACGCCUCACGUAUCUUCUAAAUUAAAAUUACCUAAUAUAGAGAUGCAAACUUUCUCAGAAAGUCGGGCACUUGCCCUAGAGAACAGUGAGGGACGGGGUGAUACAGCAAGCGGUGCUGCGAGUAAGGUAGCUGUAGCUAAGGCAGCUUCAUCAUCGUUUGUCACUACUAAACCAUCCCAGGACUGCCUAUACUGUGGUAAGCAACAUAAAUUAUAUGCAUGCCCUAAGUUUUCUCUAGCUUCAAUAUCUGAGCGACUUGAGUUUGUUAAGGAAACAAAGCUUUGCAAAACUUGCCUUAACACUCACCCAGGAAAGUGCAAAUUUCAUUUUAGGUGUAAGGAGUGCAAGGAAAACCACAAUUCAUUGCUGCAUGUGAAUGAAGAGAAGCCAUCAGUGUCGUUGGCUAACGUUAAUAAUGAGCCACUGGUGUUGUUGCCAACGGUUAAGGUCAAGGUGAUUUCCAAAAGCGGGAAAGAGAUCAUUGUCAAGGCUAUGCUUGACUGUGCAUCUCAGAAUUCCUUUGUUACAGCAAAGCUGGCAAAGGAACUAGGUCAUCCGCUCUCACCUGGAACUACUAUAACUGGUGUAACUUUAAAUGAUAAAUGCAUCAAACAUAGUUUGCAACUAGAUAUUUUCUCAUGUGUUUAUCCAUUUAAAACAAAUGUAAAACUGUUAGUGGUAGACAAGUUUACCAAGGAAAUGUUGCCACAAACUAAAAUUGAUAUUUCAAAAAUUAAGAUCCCUGAAAAUAUAACAUUAGCCGAUGACUCCUUUCAUAUCCCGAGCAAGAUAGAUAUUUUAUUGGCUGCAAAUAUCUUUUUUCAGUGCCUGUUGUCGCAGCCUGAGGAGCUGCGCGAUCCUGAUGCCGCACCCAGCUUGGUACACACACAGUUUGGUUACAUUGUAGGAGGUGAUGUUCCAUCUUCUAUUCUUAAGCGACCUGCUGUCACUCUUUUCUGUCAAGAAUGUCAAACUGAUAUACGUGAUACGAUGUCCAAUUUUUGGCAUACAGAAAAAGUACCUGAAAUAUAUGCGGAACAUACAUCUGAACAACAGCAGUGCGAAAAAUUGUUCACUGAAACUGUCAAACUAGAAGAUAAUCAAUUUACAGUUUCUUUGCCAUUGAAAAUACCUAUCUAUGAUGUGAACAAUACAUUAGGAGAUUCAUUUGGGCUAGCUCUUAAAAGAUUCUAUAAUCUAGAAAAGAGAUUUCAGAAGGAUCAGAUGUUGUAUGACGGGUAUAAGGAUUCAUACAUGAAUAUAUUGAUUUAG